AGGGCGCGGCUUGUCCAGACGUUCUCUGUCCUGACGACGACGACGAUGUCGCCGAAGUUGAUAUUUCUGCUGGGAUCCUUGUGUCUACUCGUCGGGACACAGGUCAGAGCGCAAGAUGAAGAAGGAGCCGAUGGGGUUGACGCAAAUGCAGAGGAACUUUGUCAGGACAGGCCGGGCGACGAAUACUUUCGCUUGAGCGUUGAAGGAGACUGUCGCGAUGUCGUGAGGUGCGACAAAGCCAGCGAGAUUGGAGUAACCAGGCUGGCGACGGUGCGGUGCCCCACGGGUCUCGCGUUCGACAUCGAGCGGCAGACCUGCGACUGGAAGACGAAUGUGAAGAACUGCGAUCAGCUCGAGAAGCCGCGUAAGGUCUUGCCCAUCCUUAAGACCGACGAACCCGUUUGUCCAGAGGGAAAAUUGUCGUGCGGUAACGGCGAGUGCGUCGACAAGGAGCUCUUCUGUAAUGGCAAACCUGACUGCAAGGACGAGUCCGAUGAGAACGCCUGCACCGUGGAAACCGAUCCCAACCGCGCUCCAGAUUGCGAUCCCACGCAAUGCGUCUUACCUGACUGCUACUGUUCGGCCGAUGGCACCCGUAUACCCGGCAACAUCGAUCCCCAGCAAGUGCCGCAGAUGAUCACAAUCACUUUCAACGGCGCUGUAAAUGUGGACAAUAUCGAUCUCUAUGAGGAGAUCUUUAACGGGCAACGUCAGAAUCCGAACGGCUGCCAGAUCCGCGGUACAUUCUUCGUUUCUCACAAGUACACCAACUAUUCGGCGGUACAGGAUCUUCAUCGACGCGGACAUGAAAUCGCGGUAUUUUCAUUGACGCACAAGGAAGAUCCGCAAUAUUGGAGCCAGGGUACGUACGACGACUGGUUGGCAGAGAUGGCUGGUGCCAGGCUGAUCAUCGAGCGUUUCGCCAACAUCACCGAUGGCUCUAUCAUCGGUGUGCGGGCCCCUUACCUCAGAGUAGGUGGUAACAAACAGUUCGAGAUGAUGGCUGAUCAGUUCUUCGUAUAUGACGCCUCCAUCACUGCGUCUCUGGGACGUGUGCCAAUUUGGCCGUACACAUUGUACUUCAGAAUGCCUCACAGGUGCAACGGCAACGGUGGCAACUGCCCGUCGAGGUCGCAUCCAGUUUGGGAGAUGGUGAUGAACGAGCUGGACCGUAGAGAUGAUCCUACCUUCGAUGAGUCUUUGCCAGGUUGUCACAUGGUUGACUCCUGCUCCAACAUCCAGACUGGCGAGCAGUUUGCUCGUCUGCUCAGACACAACUUUAACAGGCAUUUCAAUAGCAACAGAGCGCCGCUCGGUUUGCACUUCCAUGCGUCCUGGUUGAAGAGUAAGAAAGAAUAUAAGGAAGAGCUAAUCAAGUUCAUCGAGGAAAUGAUCGCCAGGAGCGACGUGUACUUCGUCACCAUGGUUCAGGUAAUUAAAUGGAUGCAGCAGCCUACUGAGCUCUCAGCGCUCAGAGAUUUCCAGGACUGGAAGGAGACCUGUGACGAGAAGGGUUUACCCUAUUGCUCGUUGCCCAACGCUUGCCCUUUAACGACCAGAGAGUUACCCGGAGAGACUCUGCGUCUCUUCACCUGCAUGGAGUGCCCCAAUAACUAUCCAUGGUUGUUGGAUCCGACCGGCGACGGCUUCUCCGCGAGAAAGUGAUCCAUCAUCCGCGAAACGAAC